AUGGAACCGGAGUCAAAGGUUCUGGUUGAAUUGUUCGAUCCCGCCUCUAUGCCAUGGAAGCGAUGGUUACAAAGGUUCGACGGUGCCAUGACCAUACAUAAAAUUACGGGUGAAGAUAAAGUGCCUUAUAUUCUGCACCACUUGGGGGUUGCAAAUUACGCCAAAUUGUGCGAUUUCUGCGAUGAUGUAGAUCUCUACAAGCUAAAGUAUACAGAUUUGAUCGCUUAUUUGGCAUCCUUGUUCGAAGAUAAAGUCGUCGAGAUUGCAGAAGCCUAUAAAUUCCACUGCAGGAAGCAAGGCCAAGGUGAAUCCGUUAAAGAUUAUGUGACAGCACUCAAAAAGUUGUCACAGACAUGUGGAUUCGGGAGUUUUUUACAAACGGCGAUUCGAAAUCAGUUUGUUUACGGGUUAAAUAACCCGGCGAUUCGUCAACGUCUACUGGAAACGGAAACGCUGACCUUGGAAAAAGCGUUAAACGUCGCGUCGGCAAUGGAAUUGUCGAAAAAGGAAAACGAAGGCUUGAGUGGGUACGACGAGAGUAUACAAUUCGUUGCUACAUCAGGAAGAAGAAGAGGUUCGCAGUUCAACGACCGAGAUAAGUCUAGAAAUUCAAAUUUUAGAAGAGGCGGUAAGCAGUUUGGCGGUAAGAAGGGUAAUGAAAGUUUUUGUUUUCGUUGCGGCUCCCCGGAUCAUAUCGCAAAUAAGUGUUCGUUGGACAAAAACGUAAAGUGCCGAGCAUGUGGUGUCCUUGGACACAUACAGAAAGUAUGUUUCAAAACUAAAUCGCCUCACGUUGGAUUAUUAGAUUCCGAAUAUAAUAACAAACAGUCGGGCUCGGAAAGCGACGAAAGUGAGCCGUUAAAUGUUAUCGAGGUGUUUGGUAUCGAACACCCAGAAAUGCGAGAUAAAAUUACGGUAAAGUUAAAUGUAAACGGUCACGACGUUAUGUUCGAUCAUGAUACAGGCGCGGGAUUUACGCUUAUGAAUGUUGAUCAGGCAAAAGCGAUUUUCAAACACGGAGUCAUUUACGCGACAAAAUUGACUGCUAUUUCAUACUGUCAUACACCGAUACAAGUUCAAGGUUUUAUGAUUGUUAAAGUAAAGUACAGAGAUUCAAUUUACAAAUUAAACUUAUAUGUUACAAAUUUAGUACGGCCCCCGUUGCUUGGCCGCGAAUGGAUGCGAAUAAUGCGGAUGUUCCCGUUCGACGGUACAAAUGAAGUGUGCAAUAGCGUGAUGGAAAAAGAGUCAAACAUUGAUAAAAAGACAGAGAUUGAAAAGCUUUUUCAGAAAUAUCCAAAUUUGCUUAAAGAGGACAUGAGUCCUAUUCAUGAAUUUAAAGCCACUCGAAACAGAGCUCGAUAA